AUGUCGUUCUUAGCCAACCUAUGCGGUUGCUUCACUCGCAGCGACACAACUCCACGACCCUCCAACCCGGAAAUGCAAAGCCGGGCUCCCACCCACUUGCGCAAUGGAGUUCAAACUGGCCAGUUUACUCUCUCUGACGAAGGUCACUUCAUCCGAACAGAUCAUGGUUAUGGUCAUGCCCAUGGGCACGGCCCUCCGGCUGACUCGGAGGUUGGGGGCUAUGCCACCGUGGUCCCACUGCCACAAUACACUCCCCGCCCCAUGAGUGUAAACGAGAAGACCUUGGAGUCUCAUCUCCGGGAUCCUUCCAUGUCCUCCAAUUCCAAUUCCUUCGACCCGGACGAGAAGAAUCGUCAUCUAUACAACGAGGAUCUCUCAUCCGAUGCCUCGUCAAUCAUCUCGUAUCCAAGCAGCUAUGGAAAUACCUCCACUGCGACACGAGAAACUCCUCCACCUCCGUAUUCCCCCGUCAAUCGGCACAGCUGA